GCAGACCGGUAGGCCCGGUUCCCCAGCUCGACUAGCGCCUGGGGAGGUAAGCUCCCAGGCUGCUAGGCCUGUGCGGGCCCCUGGCAGUCGCGCGUGGCUCUUCGAUUGCCACGUGGCAUCUGCUGUAGGGACAUGAAUGUCCGCGACGUGCGGGCAGGGGUAGCGCCAGCAGUGAAGACCGACGGCGAAUUGCAAUACGUGGCGCAGCAAUUUGGGCGAGGGAUGGAGAUGGUAGGGGAGCUACAACGUGGAGCAUUCGACUACAGGAUACGCUCGGUGACAAUGAAGAUGACGUCUCGCUUACAGAAGAUGCUGAAGGUUGAGGAGGAGAGUGCAGUUGGCGAUGGAGAGAGGGAAUAUGCCGCUGAUGACGCGGGUGAGUGGGAGGUUAGGGAUGAGAGUGCAGUUGGCGAUGGGGAGGGGGAAUAUGCCACUGAUGACCCAGCGGCGGCGGGAACGGCAACAGUAACAACAAUAACAUCUACAACAACAAUAUUCGAGGUGGAGCAGGGGCCGGCAGAGGAGAGGCAAGGAAUGGGUGGGAUUGGCGAGAAGGGUGGGAUGGUCAACAACAACAAUGACAACAACAAUAAUAGCAACUUUAAUAACGCCGGCGAGCGGCGAAUGGGUGAACUGGGUGAGAUAGGAGUGAAGGAGGAUAACAACAACAACAACAACAACGACGACGACGACGACGACGACGACGACGACGACGACGACGACGACGACGACGACGACGACGACGACGACGACGACGGCGACACCAACACGAUGGAGGAGAGGGGAGAGAACACCAAUGACAUGGAGGAGAAGGGAGAGAACGCUGACAACAACGACAACAACAACAACAAAGUUCGCAAAAACAACGAGAUGGUUGAGAUGGGAGAGGAUGUUGACAACAACAACAACAACAACAACGAUAACAAUGACGGUGAGCAGGGACUGGGGGAAAAGGGUGAGGUGGGUGAGAUGGAUGCCACGGACAACAACAACUACGGCAACAUGGGAGAGAUGGAUGGCACGGACAACAACAACGACGGCAACAUAGGAAAGAUGCCGCCAUCAGUGCAGUGGGGGGGAGUUUGUAGCUUGUUGUGGCGGGCGAAGUGGGGUUUGAGGUUGAAGGUACGAUUUAAUGUUCCCCCUGACCCCUGCCCCGUGUUUCCUCAUGAUGAAUCAUCUCCUCUUUUCUGGCAUCGGGUAGGGAUAGGAUAGAUGAUCUCCGUGUGAUGAUUAGGGUCGAUUGCUUCUUACCUUUCUGACCCUCAACUCUUAAUCAUGAAAUGAUUGUUGAUGAUUACGCUUGUUAUUGUUGUGAACAUAUGUUCAAGAAAUCUUUACACAGCUAUACAUAUCAUGGUAUUGGAGAUAUACGCUUUAUGAGCAGGAGGUCAAUCCUUCCCCUGUGUUGGGAAGUAAUCAAUGCCUCUGCUCCUU